UGCUGCUGUGACUGCUGUUGCUGCUGCUGUUACUGCUGCUGCUGUGACUGCUGUUACUGCUGUUGCUGCUGCUGCUGUGACUGCUGCUGUUGCUGCUGCUGCUGUGACUGCUGCUGUUGCUGCUGUUACUGCUGCUGCUGUGACUGCUGCUGUUGCUGCUGCUGCUGUGACUGCUGCUGUUGCUGCUGCUGCUGCUGUGACUGCUGAUGUUACUGCUGCUGCUGUGACUGCUGCUGUUGCUGCUGUGACUGCUGCUCGUCGCUCCCUCGGCUCCCCCGGUCGGCGGUGGAAUUCUAUCGCGCGGACACCGCGGAAGGAGCGCGUCGCUAGCGAACGCGCGCGUCCCACGGCGCUCGCGUUGGGAGGCCAUCGAGAGAGUGCGUGGCGAGGUGGAGGGGGGGCGCUGGGCACCACCACGCUGAUUGUACGGCGGCGAGACAUCCCCCGCUGCUGCUGCGGCUGCUGCUGCGGCUGAUAUCGCGACGUAGCGAAGGGAUUCCGGGGAAGCGGAGUGAGUCGCGAGAAUUCAGCUCACGGCGCGUGUGUCUCGGCGCGUGUGACUGGCUCGCUGGCUGGGCGCAAGUCCGUAGCGAGCGCGUCUCUUCGCUGGGGCAUUAGCACGUGCAGCGAGCUGCUCCCUGUGCGCUCGCUCACGUCGGUGGUAGCGAGCGAGUGGCUCUUUGCCGUGAACCUUAAACACACACCCCACCCACUCACCUACCCCAGCCACCUCGUACCCAUCGCCUCGACAACAAACGCCGACCAACCAUCUCGGAGUCAACUCGCUCCCUGCCCAGCGAAUACAGCGCAGGCUAUGAGCAGUGGAGGAUGGAGUUCCCGGGCCACGGCGAGCGGCUGCUGCGGGGCCUGAGGCAACAGCUGCUGCGCGGCUUCCUGUGCGACGUGACGGUGCGCGUGGGGCCCGCACACUUCCGCGCCCAUCGAGCCGUCCUCGCCGCCUGCAGCCUCCACUUCCAACUGUCGUGCCGCGCCGGGCACCGUGCGGUGCCCAGCCCCGGGCCCACCGACCGUCCUGCCAAACGCGAGCGCUUCGACGGGGACAGUGAGGGUGGCGGCGACGGCGGACUCGGCGCGGAGGUGGACGAGAAGGGGGUGGCGACCGGCGAGAGGCGCAGAGUGAAAUGGGAGAGGGCCGAGCCGGACCACGACGUCCAUAAUCGCUGCCGCCGCCCCCCCGUUGACGAAGGCUACGGCUGUCAAGGCGCAUGGCCCCGACGGAGCGACGGCUUUCUCCUGCACGGGGCCGGCGGAGGGAACCACCGGCCGCACGCCAUUAUCAGCGACACGGCGGCGGCGUUUCGAGCGCGCCUCGAGGACGAGCGUCUCGGCGACGCGGAGAGUGCCGAAAGCUGCCGCGGGCGAGAUGAGGCGGAGCGCGGGCCGAGGCACGGGCGCUUCAGAGAGGAGCGCCUACCGGGCGGCGGGGUGGUGGCGAGACGCGAGCGGCAGAACGGCGGCGAGAGGCGCCGCGAGGAGGAAGGCGGCACCGGCCGCGGGGACGGGGGCAGCGGGGGCGGCGUGGACGAAAGGUCCCCGUGCCUCCGAGGCGGUGACGGAGACGCGCCGAGCGGCGUCGUUCCCGACGACGCCCGCCUCGUCAACGGCUGCGGGCCGACGGAUCGGCCGUCAAGGGAGAGGGCCGGGAAGCGAGACACGGCCCGCCAUCGGGGUGAUGGGACGCCACGGGAAUCGGAGCACGGCGACGGCGCGACGGGGGAGCGCCGGCCCGUCGCCGGCUCGGAGGGCGACCCGGACCACGCCUGCGUCAUCGACCUCAACCCGGAGAUGGUGACGCCCUCAGCGUUCGCCAUCCUCCUCGACUUCAUGUACCAGGGCAGCCUCAGGGUGGAUGCCCUGCCACCCGAGGACCUGCUGGCGGCCGCCAGCUACCUGCACAUGUACGACGUGGUGAAGGCGUGCAGCCAGCAGCUGGCGUACCAGCACGUGGGCCGGCCGGCGGGUGGGAGUCACCUCUCCGGGCCGGACGGUACCUGCCGUGAAGACGACAACGGCGGGGGUGGAGGCGGUACCCGCUGGUCGAGCAGAAAUGGCCGGGGCUUUGAGGAGGACGGCUUCAAGGGGGAAGCGGAGAGCGGGUCCUACCACCACCUCCACCAUCACCACCAUCUCCACCUGCUACGCAAGGACGUGGAUAUCAAGGCAGAGGCUCCGCCAUCCAGGAGGAUGGAGGAGCCGGACAAGGUCUUCAACGGGAAGUUUCCUGGGGGAAGCCGGAACGACGUGGAGCGCUGGGCCAAGGCUUCUCCAGCGACGAGCAACGGCAGCGACGUGGAGAACGACCGCGCGCUGGACUUGUCCUUCAGGCCGGUGCUGCCCACCCGCUUCCCCUCCCCCGCGUGGCACGUGGAGGCCGAGCGGCGCCGCAAGCCGCUACCGUGCGCCGUCAAACCGGACCGUGAGGCCGCCGAGCCCGAGGAGGAUGAGGAGGGGCUCCUGGGGGAGCUGCAUCCGCAUCUGCCGCGGUACGAGAGCGUGGUGAGGAAGGCCGGACCCGCCGCGCCACUCGCAGGCGGCAUUGGCGGCGACGGUGGCGGCAGCGGUGACGAGCGUGGCUCCUCGCCGACGGAGACGGACGGCAGCCCUCGCUCCGACGCCAGCAGCGUCGGCGGCGGCGGCCCCUGCGCGGCGGGGAUCGGCAGGCAGAGCCACGAACUGGUGGCGGCGGGAGGGGCGCCCGCGGAGGCGUUUGCCUACGCCCUGCCGUUUGUAUCCGCCGCGGCCGCGGCCGCGGCCGCCGCGGCCGGCGUGUUCGCCUGCCCCCUCUGCAGCUGCAUCUUCCCGGCGCCGCAGCUGCUGCAGAUGCACCUGAGCGCCCACUUCUGCGACACGGACGCCCGGCGCUGCGGGAAGGCGGCGCCGCUCCAACGCGGCGGCGGCCAGUUCGGCUUCGGCGGCGGCAGCGGAGGAGGAGCGUCGGGGAACGGGGCGAGUGGCGUCGGCGCGUCCGGAUCCGGCGUGGGGACGCCCACGUGCUCGCAGUGCGGCAAGACAUUCUCGUGCGCGUACACGCUGCGGCGGCACGAGCGCACGCACUCGGGCGAGAAGCCGUACACGUGCGCCACGUGCGGCAAGAGCUUCCAGUACUCGCACAACCUGAGCCGGCACGCCGUGGUGCACACGCGCGAGAAGCCGCACGCCUGCAAGUGGUGCGAGCGGCGCUUCACGCAGUCGGGCGAUCUCUACCGCCACAUCCGCAAGUUCCACUGCAACCUGCUGUCGAGCGUCGCGGCGGCGCAGUGAGAGCGAUCGGGCGUCGUGCACCACGUACGCGUGUGCGCGCGCACGUGCCUGUGUGGUGGUGUGCGUAUGCAAGCGGCGAGCACGCCGGUAGUGCGGUCGCCGUCAUCGUAUUUAUGUUGUUGUUUCUUUCACAAAGUUCGAAAGGCAGUGCGCACGCGCGCACGGCCGGUCAAGUCCACGCGCUCGCAUUUACCGGUUUAUUGUGACGCGUUUAUCUUGAGAACAAAACGCACGCGUGUGUGUGUGUGUUUGAUUCCCGCUCACGGUCAACACCCAGUGACGAUUAUCUGAACCGAUCCUGGGCUUCCCCUAGGUUGACUCAGCCUCAAAUGAGUACCUGGUGCGAUGUGUAAACAUCACCACCAGGGAGACAAGAUGGCCAGGCUUGGUGCUGGCAACCCACCCCCUUGUGUGCCGUGACGGCCUUCAUAGGUGCUGCUCGCUAACAGCGCUUGCUCCUACCGUCUGUUAAGGCUACACGGGGGAUUUUUGUCUUUGUGUGUGUGAGUGUGGUGGCGUACGCCUGUGAAUCGAGCACUUUGGUUCGUCUGUACGUGUUACAAACCACCGUUGACCAGUUAAAUGGUACAGCAAGUAGGUUCCCUGAACUAUCUGUAUGGAUUUCCAUUAUCCCUCCUCGCAUGCGUUGGGUUUUCUCCGAGCGCUCCGUUUUUUUCCUCCCACCCUCAAAUGGCUCAUUUGCCGAAUGUGUCAAAUCUUUUUAGCGAGACUAAAGGCUACAGGGCUGCGUCUUUGUAGAACGUUGUCCAAUGCAUAUGGCUCGGUUGUCGACUUUGAACAAAGAACUUAAGGAUUCACUAACAUAUCACGCAACUUCCACAAAUUAUUUUCCAACUAUUAAACAGCUUAAACCCAAACAUGAAAAGUAAACAAUUUUUUUUCAUAUUUGUAUUAACAUUUUUCUGUACAAUUCAUUUCCAAAUCGGAACCUUCCAAUGGGAAACAAAACAACAAAGACAGCCCCCUCCCAACACGUAGCCUUAUAUAUCUUGUUGAAGCGAGCACUGCUAGAGAACACCUAUUAAGUCCGGUACGGCGCACGAGGGAGUUCUGUGGCUGGCAUCACUCCCAGCCGCCUUUGUCUCUCCAAUACUCAUACUUUACAAGCUACUUAUUUGAGGCUGAGUCGACCAAGGGGAGGCCCAGGACCUGGUUCAGGUAUCUUCGGUCGCCGGGUUCCGUAGUUCGGUGCAAGGAACCACUUCGCUAUUUAAAAACACUUAUACACACGCAUUAAAGGGAGGAUAUAAACACCACACGUUAAAUAAAGUGUCACGAUGACUUUGUUCAGAUGAGGGAACAAAAUCCCCCCCCCCCCCCACACUUUGUGACAGUUUUUUACGCACUCAAUGUAGCCGAUUAAACUGGCAAUAGUUUAUAUAUAUAUAAAAAAAAAUUCAGAGCACUGUGUUUGUAAGAUAGCCAGAUAUAAUAAGUAUUGAGGCUUUAUUUUGUUGAUCUGUAUAUGUUUGAUCCUCUAGUUUUAUAUGUUGCGGCAUCUCCCUGAAGCACAUUUACUGAUGCCACCUGCCCGUCGUUGGUAAGAGUUUUUUCCUGUAAAGGGUCAAUGUGAAAUGUGGCAGCUUCACGAAUGCUAUGGUGGCGUUUCCUUCGGGCCUACGGUCCAAGGCCUAAGUGGACUCCGCUUACCUUUCUCUAUUUUAUUUAAGAUAUUAAAAGGAUGAUAAUUAAGUUGUUUUUUUUUAAAAUAAGGCAAUCGGUAAUAAAAGGACGGCAGGGGAGGUGGAAGUGGAAAUGCAUUGGUCGGUGGCACUGUGCUUAAAACCGUUAACCUGAGUUAAAUUUCCGAGCCAUGGGCAACAUCGAUUGGUGAGCAAUAUCUGAACUGGCCACUUUCUCCAACACACUCUUUGGUGAGGGAGACCGCCUUCAUCCAGCAGUGGAUCGAGAAAAGGCACCUGUACAUGUAUUUAUUUUCGGCAAAAAAUACUGUAACAAACAAAUCUCGACCUUUCUGAGCCUACGAAUCUAAAUGACACGAGACGGAGGCAACAGAACGAUCUUUGGACACUGUCAGUGAACAUAUUUAUCUCACAAAAGUAAAAAAAAGCCCGAAAAUAAUUAAGCUAAACAGUUAUUUUCUAAGAAAAGAAAAGGUAUAGAGCAAUGAACACUGGGCCGUUGGAGUCAAUGUCUACCCAGCACGUUGUGACGUAGCAACGCUGUCACGCAGGAUAGUGACGUCACUACCCUGUCACUGUGCACGUGGCGUGCAUGUAACGGUCUCUUUAGCUCGAGGACACGAGGCAAUCGUGGUCGUUGCAGAUGAAGCAUACAUAUCCUCGUGUGACCGCUAACGCCUUUGAACAAAUUUUCGUGGAAAUGAUCUUGCACCUUUGUUUUUUUUCAUUUACACAAUGCAAUGUUAUUUUUAUGUUAUUUUUUGUGAACAAUCCACCCCCCCCCCCCCCCCCACGAUAAAGCUUCGCAUGCUUUUCUUGAACCGUCGUCAUUGGUUUUAGGCCCUUUUGAAUAAUACUUAUCUGUUUCUGUCCCUACCUCAUUUUCCCCAUCGUUACUAAAUGUCGUUGGGUUGACCUCAGCAGAGAAACUCACACCCGUGUAAACAUACGGCUUGUGUCUAACGACAUGCAUAUUCUUAGGUUUUUUCGGUAAAGUCACGUAGGUAAAAAAUUAAAAUUACCUACGUGACUUUACCGAAAAAACCUAAGAAUAUGAAUCCUUGCAGUCACGAAAGCUUCAAAUCUAGAAUUAACGACAUGCACUCUGUACAACCACAUUGUUCUUCUGUUAAAAGUUACGAGCAAUGAUCAACGUUGCCCACAACCCGGGUGAAUAAUUUAGGCGUGACGAACAUUCACUCCCCGAUGACUCGAUGAAUUGGCUUGACUCAGAUUCGUGAUUCCCACCUGGAAAUCAAGAACCAAGAGGAUUCUUUUUUUGCCAUUGUGGAUCGUACGGAAUUUCUACUGGCUGCAGGGAUCACGUGAACCCGUCACACAACACACACACACGGUACACACGAUCAAUAAAAAUCUAUCAGGGUGGCAGAGUAGCCCAGCGCUAACACUCGCGCCCCACAGCAAGACGGGCCCCGGUUCGAUUCCUACUUGCGUGGAGUUAGUAUGUUCUCCCCGUGUUCUGCAUGGGGUUCCCUCUCCGGGGUUCUGCAGUUUCCUGCAAUGGCUACAAAAAACACGAUGUAACUUGGUCUUGGACAAACAUCCCCCACAUGCUGACAAACAAAAACAAUCACAGCUCCUGCAAAUUACUCGAUUUGGGAUUGUGUACUGUCGCCCCUAAUGUGACCAUUUGGCUGGCACCCUCCUGGAAGAUAGCAUUGAGACCUCAGUGAGGCAUUGCCCGGGGAUACGGUCAUUACAUUCUUAGCCGUGCGACUCGGUUAUUUUCUCGCGACUCAGCGCUUGCGGUUGUGAGCGCGAGAUUUCAGUCAGUUUGCCUUUACUUUACCGGUUGAGAACCCACGGUAACUACAAAUCUAUUUUUUUUGCAAAGGGGUUGACCAUGGGCCAACGAGUAAAUAACGAACUCAGCAACGUUACACUGUGCAUAGGAGCAGCCUAACAACCAACAACUAAAAUAAGGGGUAAUAUUACGUGAGCAGGGGAGAGGGGUGGUGGUUUUAGAAUGGUAGAGUCCGGCUGAGAAUAAUGAAUCGAUGCACUGUUACCCGCCUAAUGAAUUACCGUAGAAGAAACAAAACGCUACCUUUUUACCGAUUGGUACAUUCCAAACUGCUGCACCUACGCCGCACUUGAAUGUUGAUGAGGCGCUCGUGUCAACGCUGGGCUCACGGUAGGGAUCGAGUGCGUCACGGCGAUGUCCAACGUCACGGCAGUGAGACUCUUAUCACGCAUCCACCUCGGAAUCAAGACACCCAAAAUGACCACGAGGCGGUUGUUGUUUCUGCAGACUGCGGAGAUCGGCGUGGUCCACCUCUGGUUUUUUUUUUGUCCAGCCUCAGGUGAUGGGCCAACCGGCGAUUGAAACGCAGUGGCAAAUGCAUGGCCCUGAUUCAAACGAUGGCGAGCCUUUGCUGGGCUUCUCCUACCAGAGCUGUCUCUGCGUUGAAAUGCCUGCCUGGCCCCUCUGUGUUAAGAGGUCGAUGGGUCUCAUCGAGAGCUUAGAUCACGAAGGGCGUCGUCGGUGCGCGGUGGCGAUUUGCAACCAGCGCUGGGCGAAAGUGGUGGUGACGAAGCCACGUGCUUUCUCAAUGAAGCCACCGGCGUGGUGGUCGCCCACCCGAGAUGGAAAACCCGAGAGCUUGACUUUGUCGCCCCCUCUCUUACAACCUGGAGCCACCGCCACACGCACGAGAGAGUGGCCGUUCUCUCAUUCUGCACAUCAAUCCCACCCACUCGCACCCACCUUCCCCACCUCCUCCUACAUCAUGGCACAUCUUCGCAGGCCUUGAACUGACCCGUCGUCGUUCGCUAGAAAUAAUCGACGGGAUUAGUUGGGGAAGUCGUGGGGGGGGGGGGUGAAUAUAGGCGUUGAGAAACUUGCACAAUGGCUCAGCGACCGGGCGUGCUUUCGCACGGAUUGUGCUAAAUCCUUGGUGCUUCCACGGCUGGGCUGGAGGGGGCUUCUUUGCGUGAAACUUGUCCUUCGCUCGUCGUUUGUAACCGAUGUGGCAGUGGGGGGAGGAGGAGGAGGGGGUAACUGGGAAGUGAGUAAACAAACUUCGUUUCCAACGUUGGACACCCCCCCGCCCCCCGCCGACCUCUGCGGCUGCAAAAUAAAUGACCGCGCGAUCCUGAAAGUUUUCAAUUAUUGCCCGCAGCAUCUUUUUUUUACUUGCUCCCAUUCGAUUACCCUCCUACCGUAUUCAUUUUCUGGUAUUUUGUUGUUUUUGUAUCGAUCUUGGGGGGGGGGGGAGGCGUAAACCAUUGUGCCUGUUGAAACGUUACAAGAAAUGUUUCAGGAAGAAGAAGAACACACAAAAUAAAACUAUCGGGUGGUUGGCCUUGGGGUCCGUUCACCGAUGAUGUUGCAAUGUUAUCGAUGUCGAAUCGUUUGUCAACGUUGUUGAAACCCGCUAUCCUCGCAUGCCAUCUAGUGGCACACAGAUGGCUUCUUAACCUCCCUCCACCCACCCCUCAAAGUGGAUUGAUAAUACAGAGUGCUAACGCGAGUGCCAAGCUGGUGUUGUUGUUGUUGUUUGUGUGGUCAUCAUCAUCAGCACCAUCAUUAUUAUUAUCGUUGCUGGUCAGCUUAUAUAUAUAAAAAGCGUUUUACUUUUUGGGACAAAACCACUCGUGGGGGGGGGGGGGGGCUUGCGUUGCUUCGCCAAAGCUGCUUGCGGAGAGAGAGAGGCAGAGCGAGGCAGUGAUGUUGACAAGACGCAGGAGGCUUUCGCGAACAAUCUCGUCCAUGAUUCAGCUUUUUUUGGUGAGAUCGCGUCAAAAUGUGUCGCCAAAACCCGCCGCCACCCAACACGGCCAAUUAGGAAGGUUUGUCACGUAAACAAAACGUGCCGAUUCGUUACGCGUGUGUUUCAAAGCAAAUCCGCAACAUUGUAAAUGUUGUGUAAACAUUGUAAAUGUUGUAAAUGUUGUGGAUUUGCUCUCUAACACACCGGUGUGCUGUACUAGUAACGAAUUGGCCACGUUCUGUUCACGUGACAAACCUUACAAGUUGGCUGUGUCGGGCAGUGGCGGAUUUAACUAGACAUUUAUAUUUACACGAUCUUACUCCAAAAUAAACCUCGAUUAUGAACAAUCAUGUUAACGUGAAGCAGCCUGCUCGUCCUUCUCACCACCACCAGCCCCAAAGCCCAACAACGACUCGGAAAGACGCGUCCAGUGUUGUGUUAUUUAACUCUCGAGGGGUUCCCCAACUCACUCCCUUUUAGUUGCCCUACUGGACGCGAGAACGCCACGACGCGCACUGAACGUAAAGCGUUACCACUGGACUCUGUGGGGGUCGCAGGGCGUCUCUAAUCAGACUGUGCUGCUUGUGAGAAAAAAAAGAAUGAACAAUGGGAUAUCCUCUUCUUGGUUCUUUCGCUAAAAUCAAUUAGAAUGGAAAUAAAUAAAAUAAUAAAAAUAAAACAUAAUAAAAUAAUUCUCACGACGUUUCGGCCACAACGCAAGCAGCCGUCCUCAGGUGGAGAACAGGUCUGUCGAGAAGACAGACCUGUGGCCGAAACGUCGUGAGAAUUACUUUAUUAUGUUUUAUUUUUAUUAUUUUAUCAUUUCCAUUCUACGUGACUUUACCGAAAGAACCAAGAAGAUAAAUCCCUGCAGUCACGAAAGCUUUAAAUCGAAAUGGGAUAUCCAUAAAAGAUGUUUUUUGAGAGUGGGGGGAGGGUGUUCGGGUUAGAUCGCAUUAAAUAGAACUGUGUCGUUAAACCCGGCACCACCCGACGCAGCCAAAAUCGGUGAGCUUUGUCACUUAAACGAAACGUGCCAAUUAGUUCCGAGUUUAGCACGCCGGUUGUGUGUGGUGGAGUUAAACCCACCACGACAUUUACCGUUCGAGUACCGUGACGUUGCACCGGCAAUUACAACAACAACAACAGCAGCAGCCAGCCUCAUCAGGCGACUGCCAGAGAUUUCGAUGUAAAGCUUUCGUGACUGCAGGGAUUCAUCUUCUUGGUUCUUUCGGUAAAGUCACGUAGAAGGGAAAUAA